UGCGUUGUCCGCUCAACACCAGCGCCUGCGCUCUUCCCUUCCGACGGUUCUCCCACCUUCCUCAACGAGAUGCUGGGAGCCGCGGGGAAGGCCGCCGUGGAGGCGGCGCAGGUCGUGGGCAAGAGUGCGACCGGGGCCGCAGGCAAGGCCCUGGGCAAGGCAGGCGACUUUGCCAAGGCGCACCCGGAGGAGGUCUACCAGGCCGCCAAGAAGGCCAAAGAGGUGGUGAUGGGCAGCAGCCAUGGUGGUGGGGAGCCGGCUGUCAGCGCCAGGCUGUCAGUCACGCGCUGGCCUGCGGCCGAGCCGGCGGCGGCGCCUGACGGCUGGGGCCUGCUGCAGUGGGCUGUCGUGGGCGUGGGACUCGCCGCCGCCGUCACUGCCGGGGUGGUGGCGUACCGCCGCUGGAAGGGCCUCUGAGCCAUUCUGCUCCGAUCUCCGAGGGCAAGGAUGGAACCGUCAGUAGCACUCGUAGUAUUAUCUUAUCUUAGUAGUAGUAUCAUCCGUCCGUCUCAAGUAUCGAGGCCGAACUUGUGUUAUGAGUCUUUGAUUUACCUUACCAAUUUGUCGCUCUUGUAUCGAGAAACUCAUUAUCUUUUUAUGGUCUGCCGAAAUGGA